GGAACCAUUCUGAUGGUCAACAUACUGCAGGAAUAUUCAGCGACAGUGUGAGAUCCAUGUCCAUGCCUCUGUAGGCCUCAUGUAACCAGUCCGGUGGGUUUACGACACCUGACGGUCCCCGCGCAACACCAGCACGAUGAGUGCCAGUAAGCUGGACCAGAUCGUCAAGGGCGCGCCACCUCCCAAUGUCUCUCCCACCCAGGUUGCGCAGUCAGCGAAAGCCUCUGCAAGCUCUCCAUCCAUCACCGCCCCGCACCUUCCCAACCAAAGCACCAAUGACCCACGUGACAACCUCCCGUCAAGCCCACCACAGAUCUACCUAAACAUGCUCAUUCUCGAGUCAUCUCUCCGACUGCAGUAUCUCAAUUUGCGUGCGCGAUUGAGAUUGCACCUACUGCUUCUGGCCACGCUCACCGCGUGGUCGGCUAUCUUCACCUAUCUCCUCUACUUCCGCCCUCGAGAAGACGGCAGUGGUGUCGGUGGUAGUGUGUACUGGGUGAUCGAGAGUGUGGAGAAGCUCGGCUGGUGCGGAGGUGUCGUUACGCUCUUCUUGUUCUAUGGCACCGGCAUGUACGAGCGCGGCGUCCGCUGGCCCAGAAGGUUCGUAGGCACCACCAAUCGAGGCCUGCGAGGCUUCAACAUGAAGGUGGUGGUCAUCAAGGGAAGUCUCCUAUCCGAGUUGGGAUUAUGGGUGGGGAUGCUGGAUCCAUGGUUCUUGUUUCGAGAGCAGCGCGUCAAUUUUCAGGUCGUGCCUCGCGACAUCGAAGCUGGUUCCGUGGGCGGUGCGAAGGAGCACUGGAACCAGCAUGCCUCUCGUUACGGACUGAUUGAAGAAGACAUUGCGCCCUCGGGCGACGUGCUCAAAUUACUGCUACUGCCUAAGCCUUUCUCACCAGACUUCCGAGAAGGUUGGGAGAACUACCGUAUGGAGUACUGGGAGCGCGAGAAUGCUCGCCGCAAUGAGCUACGUAAGAUCGUCAAGGCUCGUCGACGCGAGAUCGCGCGACGCGAAGGUGGUUGGCUGUGGUGGACAGGCUGGAGAGGGUGGAGGAGCAUGCGCACUUUGAGUGGCAAGUCUCGAAGACAGCUGGAACUCGACCGUCUUGCCCUCAGAGAGAAGCCAAGCGCAGAGGUGCUGAAAGACAAGCAGCGCUCGUUACGACGUGGGGAGAAGGAAGGCAUGCUGUUACGCUCCGGGUCAGACUCGAGAACACAUUCCAGAUCGUCCUCACGCAGCACGACUCCGACGCCUGAAGAGAGCACUAAUCGACACCGACGAGGCAGCUCUACAAGUACGACGAGGCGGCCCAGGAAGACGAUACCCCAAUCUCCCGGAUCGAGCAGAUUGUCCGCGACGGAGACGCUGCUGAAAGACGAUGACGCACCUCAGCGACUGAGCACCAUCAGCGCUCCGGAAGGAGUCAGUGACAGCGGAUCUGACUUCGGGGGCGAGGGAACAAAGCUAGAGCCCAUGUUCACAAGUGAAAUCAAACAGGAGCCUGCCGAAACGUAGCGCGGCUUGCACGUUUGCACGAUCAUGUCACCCCAUUUUUCGUAAAUUCUGAAUAAUUGCGCAGAUGCCACUGGGAACACAAGCUCGAAAGUAAGCUCGAACAUGUUUAACCGAGAGCCACCAGUAUCCAUUAAUUCGUUCAAAGAGCAGUCAACGCACGCUUCGAGCGGCUGCACCGCGCCGUUAUCGGACGCUCCCGCUGUCACGGC